GCAGCGGCCGCACCGUUGUUUGUCAUAGGCCAGUCAACUUAUUGACAACUCACAAAGCCAAUCAGCGCCCUCUCCAUGCGAGGAGGUGGGACUUCCCGUACAGUGGCGCAAGUAAUCCAACAUGGCGCUGACGACGCUCGCUUGAGAGUGCAGGGGAAACCGCGGAGAAGUUCAGAGAGUUUAGAUCCACAUCAGCGUCUGAGAAGACAUUCAAGCCGGUUAUUCCGUGACAGCCGCCUAUAGAGAUGAAAGGAAAAGAGCGAUCGCCAGUAAAGAAACGUUCCCGGGCGCCAGAUGACGGCAGAGACCGAGGAGAGAUCCACCCCAGCAGCAAGAAGACCGGAGCCCUGCCGACGCUCGGCAGCAACGGCUCCACUCAAAGCGGCGCGUCGUCGAGGAGAGCUUUACACGGUGAGAAGAGAGACAUGAGGGACGCGGACGGACACAAUUCAUACAGUCGGAAUAGCAGCGGAUACGACUACGGAGUCGCCCCGGGGAGCAAGCCGCACGGUGGCGCUGACAGCUGCGCGGAAACGUCCAGGUCCGGUUCACGCGGCGACUCGCGGCCUCCGUCGAACCCCGAGAGCGAGUACAAGACUCUGAAGAUCAGCGGCCUCGGCUCCCAGCUCAACGACGAGGAGGUCGAGGACGGACUCUUCCACGAGUUCAAGCGCUUCGGGGACGUGAGCGUCAAGAUCAGUCGGGAGAACGACGAGCGCGUGGCGUUCGUGAACUUCAGGAGGCCCGACGACGCCCGCGCGGCCAAACACGCGCGCGGAAAACUGGUGCUGUACGACCGGCCUCUGAAAAUAGAGACGGUGUACGCGAACCGGCGCAGGAGCCGCUCCCCCGUCUCCAAAGACGCUUACCCCUCAGGACACAGGCACCACGCCCAGAGGGCUCUGUCCCCCACUGGCCUGGGCUACAGAGACUUCCGGUUGCAACAGCUGGCCCUGGGCCGUCUCCCCCCUCCCCCCCUCCCCCCUCACCUCAGAGACCUGGAGAGGGAGCGAGACUUCCCCGUGUACGACGCCAGGAACAGACAGCCGUUCAUCCCCGAGUGCUCCGUUUUCCGCGACGAGGAGCCCGCGAGCCCCGAGGACGACCAGCGGGCGAACAGGACUUUGUUUCUGGGCAACCUGGACGUCACCGUGACGGAGAGCGACCUGAGGAGGGCGUUCGACCGCUUCGGGGUCAUAACCGAGGUGGACAUAAAGCGGGCGGUGAGGGGCCAGAGCAGCACGUACGGAUUUAUCAAGUUCGAGAACCUUGACAUGGCUCAUCGCGCUAAAACGGCCAUGUCGGGAAAAGUGGUGGGUCACAACCCUAUUAAAAUCGGCUACGGUAAACCCACUCCCACCACCAGGCUGUGGGUGGGAGGCCUCGGACCUUGGGUUCCGCUCGCCGCGCUGGCUAAAGAGUUCGACCGCUUCGGCACCAUCAGGACUAUAGACUACAGGAAGGGGGAGGUGUGGGCUUACAUCCAGUAUGAAAGCCUGGACGCCGCUCAGGCUGCGUGCGCCAACAUGAGAGGCUUCCCGCUCGGUGGUCCUGACCGGAGACUCCGCGUGGACUUUGCGGACACAGAGCACCGGUACCAGCAGCAGCAACAGCAGCAGCAGCAGUUCAUGCAGCUUCCUCUCCCCCUGCCACGCUACGACUUAGUCCCAGAAUCCUUUUCACACCGGAUCGCGGACCCUCUGAGAGUAAGGGAGCGAUCUCCCCUAAUCCCUUCUCGCUUCCGAGAGCGGGAUCUCUACUCGGGGCCCGAAUGGAACGGACUGGGGGUCCAUGACAGGAUGCGGGGGGCCGGCUUUGACCCCAUAGAGCACCUGGAGAGGCGUGGACGCGACGCCUGGUCGAUAGAACACGAGCAGGAGUUGCAAAGCAGGGACUUGGGCCGCAAAAGGCGGCCUUUGGACGAUGGCUGGCGGCUGGAUCGCUCGCCCGACGGCAACGACUAUGGCGUGCGCCGGCGCGGCAGCUCGCUGGAACGCAGCCCCGGCGGCAGCAGCCGGGACGGCGGGCGCUACAGUGACCCCUCUGGCAGACCGUCCCCCGUCAAAGAGCGACCAAACAGCCAGGAGAAGAAGAGGAAGACGUUCAGCCCGACCAAGCCGGGCUCCUCCUCGGAGUGCAAGCGGAAAGCCAGCGACUCCUCGAGGAGCCCGGCGAGGAAGGAGGAUCGCCCGGAACAUUCCUCCUCCUCCUCCUCAAACCCGGACGGGCGGACGCUGAGUCGGGUCUGGCAGGGCGUGCUCCUCCUCAAGAACAGCAGCUUCCCCACGUCACUCCACCUGCUGGAGGGCGGCGUGGACAUGGCCUCCCGGCUUCUGGCCGACGGACGCACGGGGGGUCAGGUGUCGCAGCUGAAGAUCAGCCAGCGCCUGCGCCUCGACCAGCCCAAGCUGGACGAGGUGUCCCGCCGCAUCAAGGCCGCCGGCGCGGGCGGGUACUCCAUCCUGCUGGCCAUGCCGGUGAAACCCGAGGACGGCGGGGACGCCGGCAGCUCCGAGCGGCCCCUGAAGAACCUGGUGUCCUACUUGAAGCAGAAGGAGGCGGCCGGCAUCGUCAGCCUCCCCGUGGGGGGCGGCCGGGACAAGGACAACGGAGGAGUGCUUCACGUUUUCCCGCCCUGCGAGUUCUCGCAGCGGUUCUUGGAUGCCUCUGCCAAAGCCUUUGCCAAAUCAGAGGACGAUUACAUGGUGAUGGUCAUAAUCAGAGGAGCGUCGUGAAAAGAAGUGCAAGUUCCAAAGGUGUCAUCUCACACCCGUUGAAGUGUGAGUCGUAAAAUCAGAAGGAAGUAGCGCUAACCUACACGGUAGCCUGUGUUCCAGCCUUCAUAGAAAUGAAAGUCACCUUGAAUUCAGUACAUUUUGAUAAAUUCAUGGAUUUGAUUAAUUUUACAGGGGACGUGGUGAUUUGUGUUUAGUUUUGGGAAAUGUACAUUACUUGAAGGUCCUCUACUUAAAGAGCAAACUAAACCUCUGUAAACCUAAACUAUAUGUUGCCUUAUCUCAUUUCAAAACAAGCAGUUCUUUUUAUACACUUAGAUGCAUUACCUGACUAUAAGGCAAAGUAUUGAAGACCCAAAGCAGAGUAUUUAGCCUUUGUUUUUGUGUUGUCAGCCAGUGUCAUUGUGUUUGUAGCCCUUUGGCCAUGCUCCCACAUCUGGACGUUGCGGUAAUGAAAUCAAACUAAUGUACAUAGAAAUCAGCCGAUUGAUUAAGACAAUAUAUCUAUUUGCUCUUCAUUGCUCUUAAUGGGCAUUUUCCCACUUUGUAUAUGUAUUAAUUUCUGCUCAACAAGUAAAAAUUGCGCUUUGAUUUA